AGGUUCUUUCUUACUCAAAGGCGUACAUAUUUUGGCACAUGUAUAUAAUAUUAUAUUAGUAUUGUAUUAUUUUACAUUAAAAUUGAGGUAUAUCUUUUACAAGGAAGAUUGACAAUUAGUUCUAUAAAGCCAUGAAACCUUUACUUCUACAAGGUCACGAGCGUUCUAUCACUCAGAUUAAGUACAACAGAGAAGGAGAUCUGUUGUUUUCUGCCUCUAAGGAUCCGGUACCAAACGUCUGGUACUCGUUGAAUGGAGAGAGACUUGGUAGUUUUGAGGGCCAUCAGGGAGCCGUGUGGUGUAUCGAUGUCAACUGGGAAUCCACAAGGUUCAUGUCAGGAUCAGCAGAUGCAUCCCUUAAACUGUGGGAUUGUUCUAAUGGUAUUGAAAUCGGCCACAUUGACACAACUUCUUCUGUAAGAACUUGCAACUUUAGCUACUCGGCCAACAUGGCUGCAUUCUCAACUGACACUGCUCGUAAACAAGUGUGUGAGAUCAUCAUCAUGGACGUGAGGAAUGCUGAUAAAUCAUUAGAAAGUCAAGAACCUAUUCUCAGAAUAAAGGUGGAUGAAUCAAAAGUGACAUCAAUGCUUUGGGGACCCUUAGAUGAAACGUUGAUAUCUGGACAUGAAAACGGCAAAAUCGUCCAGUGGGAUCUCAGAACUGGCAAGGAGGUGACUAGUGUGAUCGCCCACGAAGGUCCCAUCAACGACAUGCAGAUGAGCAAGGAUCAGAUCUUCUUUGUGACAGCAUCCAAGGAUCACACGGCCAAGUUGUUCCUGACCGACCAACUCAACCACAUCAAAACCUACAAGACGGAGCGACCUGUCAACAGUGCGGCUCUGUCACCUAUACUGGAUCAUGUGGUGCUAGGAGGAGGUCAGGAAGCUAUGGAAGUAACCACCACCUCAGCGAGGGCCGGCAAGUUCGAUGCCAGAUUCUACCAUCUUGUCUUCGAGGAGGAGUUUGGCAGAGUAAAGGGACACUUUGGACCAAUCAACAGCUUGGCUUUCCACCCGGAUGGUAAGAGUUACGCCAGUGGAGGAGAAGACGGUUACGUCAGAAUCCACAAUUUUGACUCUUCCUACUUCGACUUCAAUUUUGAUUACUAAAUGUUUUGGGGUUUUGUUAAUACAAGUUUCUACUCUA